UUUUCUCAUUCAAUCCACGCAGAAAACAGCGGAAUUUAUAGCCGAAAACGCCGGGAACUCUGCGGAGACUUGUCCGACGUGUCACGACGAACGACGCCGAGGGGUUUAUGUCCGACUGCGCGGACCGCGAAAGCGACCACUGUGGUCCGGACUUAAGAGUCGUGGUGAGGAGGCCAGAGAAGAUGGCAGGCCAAGGGAUGAAGCGAUGCAUCAACUCCAAAUGGGCCAAACGCGAGUCGCAGUCGCUUCCAGUCGCAGUCGCAGUCGGCAAGACCGGAGUCGUCGCAUUUCGAGGGCAGAGGGACCACCAGCGAGCAAGCCAUCGACGAUUCGCGCUACCUUGCGUUGCCUUGCGUAGCGUGGCGUGGCGUCGCCAUGCCGCCAUCUAUCCAAUUGCCAUCGAGAACAUCCUUCGGCAUGAGUCGGUGAGAAAGGUGUGCAUGAAAGAGAUUCUGUCUCCGAGUCCGACAUUGGUCAGCGUGCGGAUUUCGCCCGCAGAAGAAGUGAAGCAUCGCUUGGAAGGGAAUUGCUGUCGAGGUUUUGUCGACAGUCUGGAAUCUGUCAGUCUCCCGCGAGAGUGUCACGGCUGUAGGAUUCUAUGGCGAAUUUGGGGGCUGUGAAAGCUCACUGCCUACGCGGCUCUUGUGAUUUUUUCUCCCCUGCGAAAUGCUCCCGUGUAACACAUACGAGGUCUCGCCCUCGCGUGGAGCAGCUCUCUGGUCUCUUCGCACGUCAUUUGAAUUCGGGGAUUUUUUCUCAGAGAAGAUUUAAUUCAUCCAGCGGUGACCGCUGUAAGCGCCUUGUUUCUCCCCGAAAUGGUUCCAUGGCUCAACAGGGCGAUUCUGGCUUUGCACGGGAUGAGCCUGUCCAUGUUAGUCGCAUUCCGGAAGGAGAAGCUGUGAGGCAAGGUUCGUCCCCCAAGAAGUUGGAAGCGGAGCACUGGGAAGUAGUUCAAUUUCAAGCGGUAGAAAAGAAAAGCAAAAAUAUUGUCGCCUUUUAUCUCGCCUCGGGUUUGCUGGCUUUAGGUCUUUGCUUCUCCUUCUGCAAGCCCGCAAUGGCUAAGAUUGUUGAAAAUCAGCCGACGGUGACGGCCAAAUUGAACGAGAAAGGCGAAGUUGAAGUACAGGACAGGGCAUUGGAGACCAGUGGAGAGGAAGGUGACGAGGUUAGCGCAGAGAAAAAUGGAGAAAAGGCGGAUGAUUUUGAACCGGUUUUUGGUGAGGGAUCUGACCUGACCUCUGAUCCAACCGAGAUUCUUCUUCGGAGCUAUUUGGAGAGGCAUCCGAACGACUUGAAAGCUCUACAGGCUCUUCUUUACAUGCGUUUGAAGAAAGGAGAGAUAAAUGCUGCACAUGCUGUGAUCGACAAACUCAUAGAAUUGGAACCCGAUCAGCUAGAGUGGAAGUUUAUAAGAGCUCAGGCCUUCGAAUUCGUUGGUGAGUUGGAGCAGGCUCGUCAAGCUUUCCAAGAGAUUAUUGAGUUGAGGCCGUUAUCAGCCAGAGCAUUGCAGGGACUGGCAGUUGUCAUGCAAAAAAAUGGCGAGGAUGAACAAGCAUUGGAGCUGCUUGGAGAAGCAGUAAAGAAAGCUGUAGAUGCAGGUCAAGCUAAAGAAGCAACAAAUUUGAGAAUGUUGUUGGGGCAAAUGCACACGAUUCAGGGUAAUUUGGAUGAAGCUAUGGAGCUGUACAGGACAGUCGUAGAGGAAGACCCUCAAGACUAUCGCCCGUAUCUCUGUCAGGGUUUAGUUUACAGUAUCAUCGGAGAGGAAGCUGAAGCUGAGAAGCAAUUCAGGAGUUAUCGUAAACUCUGUCCAAAGGACUUCCCUCAUCGAGGUUUCCUUGAUGAGCUGAUGUUGAAAGCGAAAACUGAAUCACGGAAGCUGAAUGAGCGGCUGAAGAAGGAGGAGGAGUUCAAGAAGAAAGGAAAGAAAAUGCCCAAGCCCAUGCGCCAACCUUUAGCGAGUGGAAGUCCUAAGAAAGGAGAAAAUGUAGACAAUUAAUUUUGUUUUGAGUCUUUAUAGUAAUUAUAAGAAAGGAUGAGAAAUAUAGGUCAUCAAACAUAGAAUAGAUCUCAGUUUUCCUUUCCGGAGAAUAAUUAUAAGCUGCUACUUGAGUUUUACCGACCAACGACUAGGCCAGAAAGGAGCUUCUCCUUCUUCUAACUUAUAAGGCCUUUGGUCACGCGAGGGUUGUCGUAGUGAUAUUGUGGGAUAAAGGAAGAGCUAAACCCGUGGGUAAGAUUGAAGCUCGCCGGUGCUCAUAUGUUUCCUAAGCCGACGAGAUCAUGAAUGAUUGAAAAUCUCUUCAUUCAUGAAAUUUUGAGAGGGCCUUGGCAUUUUUACCGAAGCAAUGAAAACUGGUCGAAGCUACUCAUUUGUUGUAUGUAGAGUUCAGCGUCAGGACUUGCAACUGGUCCGUCAACACAGUGAAUGCAUGAGUAUAAACAGACGCAAAGUCGUGUAAAAACCGUCGCAAUGUACUAAGCCCGAUUCACAGGAAGAGUAUCAUGUACUCUAUGGUACACUUCGUAAACAAGGCUAGAAAUGGUACUUUGGU